UCCUUGUCAUGUACUCCCUCCGUCUCACUAUGAUUGUCUCAUUUUACUUUUUCGGGAAAUUACACUAAGAUUGUCUCAUACCAAAUUUGAUAAAGUUUGUGUGGCUCUAAAUGGAUUGGCUCGACUCACGAGUUAGAUUGGUUGGGUUAGGAUUAGAGAAAUUCUAGCCCGUCAGUAAACGGGUUGGCUCGACUCAACCCACAUAAAACAUAACCCGUCACGGGUCAUGUCGGGUUGGCCCAUUUGACGGCUCAAUACGUAAGAUACACCUUGAUCAGACUAUCUUUGCCUUGCAAACAUCUUCACAAGCUAAAUAUGUGAUCCAAGUGGAACUGGAACUCAUGGACAAAGCUGUCUUCUAGAAAAUAGCAUCUGGAUUUUCUAACUUAAAGGGGUAGUUAGACACUUCUCCCCAGAUCGAGACGCUCCCCUUGCUCCGGUAUGGGUUGUCCUGGAGGAGUGCAAUUUUGUACACCCCCACUAAGGAGGGUGAACAUAACCCCUGUAAAGUAUUGCCUUGCCACAUGGCAUGCAAAAAGGGGUGGGGUGAACAUCACCCUCUCAAAAGAGGGUGAACAAAAUUGUUCUCGUCCUGGAGGGCCUCCCGAUUCAUCUCCAUGAUGUUCGGGCCCUCUAUUCAAUUGCAGGUUUGCUGGGUAGGCCACUUAGAAUAGAUACCCCAACUGCAAAUUUUUCAAGGCCAUCCAUGACUAGAGUGUGCAUUGAAUUAAAGCUGUCUGGUUUUUUCCCAGACUGUUGGAUACGAAAAUAUUCCUAUUCUUUGCCUUACUUGCUCCAGAUUUGGCCAUUCAUGUAGUAAGGCAACUGUUUCCGACCCUCCACCGAUGAUGCCACAAGCUGAGGUCACUGCUGCGAAAUUACAGUCCCUUGUGCGAAUGGUGGAAAUGUAAUGGCACCUGCUGUUAUUGAUCUCUCCCCUAAUGCUGUUGUCUUGGAAAACCCUCCGUAUGAGGCUUGUGAAUCUGCCCUUGAGAAUGCUCAAAAUGAAACUGGAACCAAUAUGGUUCAAAGUAAUGUUGCCUACACGAGUUCCAUUCUGAUACCAGGAAAUGAUGAAAUAAUUUCUGAUCCUACAUCAAAAAUAAUUUCUGAUCCUCCAAUGGGCAAUCUGGUUUUUUCCAGACUGUUGGAUCCGAAAAUAUUCCUAUUUUUUGCCUUACUUGCUCCAGGUUUGGCCAUUCAUGUAGUAAGGCAACUGUUUCCGAAAUGUAAUGGCACCUGCUGUUAUUGAUCUCACCCCUAAUGCUGUUGCCUUGGAAAAACCUCCGUAUGAGGCUUGUGAAUCUGCCCUUGAGAAUGCUCAAAAUGAAACUGGAACCAAUAUGGUUCAAAGUAAUGUUGCCUACACGAGUUCCAUUCUGAUACCCGGAAAUGAUGAAAUAAUUUCUGAUCCUCCAAAAGAUGAUGUUACACAUAAAUCUGUCCCAACUACUGGCCCCGAAAGAUCUGACGCUAACGACUUUGUCCCUCCUAUUUCCAAUGACGAGACCUUCUCUGAUGAGGCACCCCUGUUUUUUUGUAGGGAAUUUCCACCUUCUUUUUUGGAAGUUGCCAAGAGACAUCUCACUAUCCAACAAAUGAACAUGGGAAGAGAUUUCUUGGAGAUAGCUAGGAAACUCCAUAGCAAUGGGAAUGGAAGCUUGGAUGCAACUUCCUCAUGUCUCCCAUAUACACCUAUAAAUAGGGAGUGUAUUGUUGUUCAUUUGUAUCAGUUUAGAAAGUGAGAAAAGUGUGUGAAGAGUGAAAUACACUUAGAGUAGAAGUGUAUUGGUGAGGAUUGGUUUUUUGUAAUAGUUGAGUGUGAGAGUUUGCUCCUCCUAUUGUAAUUCUGUUCUUGAUACUGAAUAGAAGAAUUUUCCAAUCCCAACAAGUGGUAUCAGAGCGAGGUUGAGUUUCCAUACACUGUUUUCUCAUUUUCAGAUAAAUUUCUACAAGUUAGAAAAUCGUAAUUUUUGAAGUGGCUCGGAAUCACGAUCUGAUCAUACCGUUAGAUUCGUCUCGUUGAGACGAGAAAUCUGGUAUUUUUAGGGAAUUUUUUGGCUAUCGGAAGAGGCCGUACGGGCCGCCCAAAUGCCGCCUGAAAACUGCCUGCGUCAUCACUGUGUCAUCACGCAGUCCAGAGGAAGAAGACGAUCCACGUCAGAUGCCACGUCAUCGCCGCGUUGGGCCACGUCGUGCCGAGUCAUCGGCCACGUCAUCCACCCGAGUCGUCCGUUGUGAGCCACGUCAGAUGCCACGUGGCUACACGUCAUCGCCACAUCAGCGAGGAAGCAGAGCCACGUCAUCCGCCUGCUGGGCUCCAGGCUGGGCUGCUGCCUGAACCGGACCAAACCGGUUCGUAGUUGUGGAGGCCGGUUCACCCAUUUCCAGACCGGUUUUGGACGAGGUCAGACCGGUUCCUACCAUUUUCGGCCAUUCCGGAUCCAACGGUGAGCUCCGUUUGUCCAAAUUCGGCUUCGAAAAUAAGGUACGAGAUAUAUUGAGUGUUUUAUUAUGGAUAAAUCAUCAUUGGACAUCAUGAUUGCGCUCACUUCCACAAAUUACAAUAUGUGGAAGUCUCGAAUGGAGGAUUUGCUAAAUUUGAGGGAUUUAGCCGAUCCUCUUGAUAAUAAUGGCGUGAAACCGGAUAAAAAGACGGAUGAAGAAUGGACAAAAAUGAAUCGAAAAAACUGUCGCACAAAUUCGACAGUGGAUAGAUCAUAGUGUGUUCCACCAUGUUGCGCAAGAACAAAGUGCUUGCACACUAUGGGAGAAGCUUGGUAGCAUGUAUCAAGCAAAAACCGCCAGAAAUAAGACGUUACUAAUGAGGAGAUUAGUAAACUACAAGUUACGAGGAGGUAUUUCGGUGUCAGAACACACCAGUCAAUUCCAGGAUCUUGUGAAUCAGUUGAGCACCACCGGAUGGGUUCUCAAAGAUGAAGAGCAGGCGAUACUACUCUUGAGUUCUCUACCUGACAGCUGGAAGACUCUUGUUGUCACUCUUAGCAAUUCUGCUCCCAAUGGCAAGGUGACUAUGCAGAUGGUCACAGACGCCCUUAUGAACGAAGAAGCCCGAAGAAAAGAAGCCGGGACUGAACAAUCAUAUGCCUUCGUGUCAGAAACCAAUAGACGAGGGGGAGGCAGAAAUGGAGGAAGAAGUCGAAGUCGAGGUAGAGGCCAAGGUCAAAACAGAGGAAAUUCUCAAGUUCGCGGCAGAUCGCAAGAACGAGGUAUGUCCCAUGAAAACAAUACUUGGUUUGAAGGAUAUUGUAAUUACUGUGGUAAUUAUGGGCACAGAAAAAGAGAUUGUAGAAAGUUUCUACGAGAGCAGCCACAAACGGGUCAAAAUACUAGCCAAGAAGAUGCUGAGUGAGAUCAUGGUUAGUUUGUCAUUAGACGUGUGUCUUGUUACACAUGGUGAACAAGAAUGUUUACACGUAGGUACUCAUGAUGUUAAGUGGGUGAUUGAUACAACCGCAUCAUUUCACGCCACUCCACACCAGAACUUAUUCACAUCUUAUAAGUCAGGAGACUUUGGAGUUGUGAAGAUGGGAAACACCAGUUUCUCAAAGAUUGUUGGCAUUGGUGAUGUGCACAUAACAACCAAUGUCGGAUGCGCACUUGUGUUGAAAGAUGUUCGACACGUUCCGGAUCUUAGAUUGAAUCUUAUCUCCGGUACAGCUCUGGAUCAGCAAGGAUAUCUUAACAGAUUCAAAGAAGGUACAUGGAAGUUAUCUAAAUGUUCCUUGGUUGUUGCAAGAGGCCAUAAUUGUGGUACUGUUUAUAAAACUCAUGCAAAGUUGUGUCAUCCAAGUCUCAAUGCUGUUGAAAAAGAGAUAUCACCAAACUUGUGGCACCGGAGGCUCGGCCACUUGAGCGUGAAGGGAUUGACAACUCUUGCUAGGAAGGAAAGCAUUUCCAUGGGCAAAGGUGUUGCCCUAGAUCCAUGUGAGCACUGUCUAUUCGGGAAACAACACAGGGUUUCCUUCAGUUCUACCAGGAAGAAUCAUUCAGAGUUACUCAGUCUUGUACACUCUGAUGUAUGCGGACCCAUUGAAGAGGAGUCACUUGGAGGAAGCAGAUACUUCGUGACAUUCAUUGAUGAUGCAUGACGAAAGGUAUGGGCUUACUGUUUAAAGAGUAAAGAUCAAGUGUGUGAUCGCUUCAGAUUAUUUCAUGCCAUGGUAGAAAGAGAAACUGGGAAGAAGCUGAAGUGUCUAUGUUCAGACAAUGGAGGAGAGUACACUUCCCGGGAGUUCUCAGCAUAUUGCGCCGCAUAUGGAAUCAGACAUGAGACGACGGUUCCACGAACUCCGCAACACAAUGGUGUAGCCGAAAGAAUGAAUCGGACCAUUAUGGAGAAAGUUCGUUGCAUGCUGAGUAUGGCUAAACCACCUAAGUCAUUCUGGGGUGAAGCUGUGCUGACAGCUUGUUAUCUUAUAAACAGGUCACCUUCUGUUCCUUUAAACUUUGAAGUGCCAGAGAAGAAACGGUCAGGAAGAGAUGUUUCUUACUCUCACUUGAAAGUGUUCGGGUGCAAGGCAUUUGCACAUGUGUCCAAGGAGUUGAGACAGAAGCUUCAUCUCAAGUCAAACCCAUGCAUUUUCAUCGGGUAUGAUGAUGAAGAAUUCGGAUACCGGUUGUGGGAUCCCGAAGUGAAGAAAGUUGUACGAAGCAGAGAUGUUGUAUUUCAUGAAAACGAGUUUCAUGUGUGUGCUCCAAUAAUCCGCCAAUAACAUACUCCAGAAGACGAAGUGCCUGUAUCAUCAAGCAUUCCUCUCAGCGACGAGGAGAUGCAUGAUAUUACUGAACAAGAGAGUGAUGGUUCAGUAGGUGAUGAUGAUGCUCACAGUGAUGAAAUUCCCCAGCAGGGGGAGCCUUCAUCUGAAGAUGAAGCUAAAGGUAUUCAUGUUCGACGUUCUAUGCGAGGCAUAGUUCCACAGAGAAAGUAUUCCACAUCCGAAUGGAUACUUGUCAGCGAGGGGGAGCCAGCGAGCACCUCAGGAAUGAGAGAAACAAAGAAAAAGGUGGAGGGGGGGAUUUGUAGGGAAUUUCCACCUUCUUUCUUGGAAGUUGCCAAGAGGCAUCUCACACCUUCUAGGAAGGAGCUAUCCAACAAAUGAACAUGGGAAGAGAUUUCUUGGAGAUAGCUAGGAAACUCCAUAGCAAUGGGAAUGGAAGCUUGGAUGCAACUUCCUCAUGUCUCCCAUAUACACCUAUAAAUAGGGAAUGUAUUGUUGUUCAUUUGUAUCAGUUUAGAAAGUGAGAAAAGUGUGUGAAGAGUGAAAUUAAUACACUUAGAGUAGAAGUGUAUUGGUGAGGAUUAGUUUUUUGUAAUAGUUGAAUGUGAGAUUUUGCUCCUCAUAUUGUAAUUUUGUUCUUGAUAUUGAAUAGAAGAAUUUUCCAAUCCCAACAUUUUUCACACUAUUGCAAGUACAAUAGAACCACCUGAUAAGGAUGUAUGCCUCGACGAUUUCACAGAAGUGAAGACGAGAAGAAACACAUACAAGAACUUUACUGAUGGAGACAGCCAGCUGUAUUACGCAGUCGGAUACGCAUUACCAGAAGCCAAUCCCGAAGGCCUCAGGAUCCGCAAAAACUCGCCGCAGCACUCAAACGAUUCAAAGCAAAAAAACCGGAAGCAACUUUCUACAGGCCCUACCUUCAAAAGACUAUAAAAUUUCAUAAUAAAUACAACAGACCUAUCUCAACUUCUGUUGGGAUGCCCACAAAAAAUUUCAAUUGCUGAAGUUGUACCUUAUUUUCAUUAACUUUUUCAUUCUUUGUACUUCUCUGUUUACUCCUUAUUGUAACUCUCCUUAAGCACAUGUAUUAAAAUAAUGUUAAAUAAAGAAUUAUUUACAAAAU